UAAAAUAACUUUAAAUAUAAAGCGACUUUCUUUUUCUUUCUGUUUCUUUUUAUGAAUAAGAUACCUGUCGAAGUCUUUUGCCAAAUCACCUCUUACUUGACAUAUUCUGAAAAACAAAAACUUUUGCUUAUCUGUCAUUAUUGGCAUGAUAUCAUUAAGAACACAAACCUCUUUCACAGUUUUUCAGUUAAGGGUCGAAGAAAAUUUGAAGCAGCCAUAGCUAAUUUUAAAACACAUAUAUUAUAUCAACGCCAAGUCAAAAGCUUACGACUCACAAGGCCAGAAGUUCAAUUACACGAACUUUUAGAACUACCUGUCCUUUUUCCAUAUCUUUCCCAUCUAACUUGGCAAGACUAUAGUAAUCAAGAUUAUGCUAAUAUCGAGCUUGGCAAAAGCCAAAUACAACAUUGGCAAAAAUUAAAAAGUUUCGAAGAGAUCAAUCGAUUUGCUUUUUCUCUGUCACUCUUGAGGGAAGGCCUAUUUACUUCUCUGGUGCAGAUCAAAAUCAAUUUUUUUAUGGGUUAUAACAACUGCAAUGACUUGUUUGAUUACCUUCCUCAUGCACCCAACCUCAAGCGACUUGACUUGAUAUGUAUCUCCAUCACUUUGGAGCUUAUGGAGAAGCUUCAUACGAAUGCAUCUCAACUAGACACCCUCUUUUUGACUGAUGUGUUACAAGCAUCUAGUGGGUUUGAUACAGCAUAUGAAACUGAACAGCAACAAUUAGCAGAGAUUGAUCAAAGCGAUACUGUUGAUAUGCAGGUCAGAAAGACUCAGCCAGCUAUCUAUUUGCAAAAGCUUCGACUUAAACAAUUCAGACUAGAAAACGAUGAUCUUGGAUUAGAAAGUCGGUGGAUGACUUAUAUUUCUAACAAAUAUACACAACUUAAACACUUGACAAUCUAUGCGCUUGGUGCAGGUAGAUCGUAUCAGCCUUAUUAUGAACAAAAAUUGGGCAGCAUUGUCUCUAGCCUUUCUCAACUAGAAUCAUAUGAUGUCAACCUCUAUCCUUUAACGAAACAUAUCCUGAUACCCAUGGAUCAAAGCAGUACUACAUUAAAAAAAGUCAAUUUGUUGGAUGAUAUAAGCAUUCAGUUAAGCACUCUUGUUGAAUCACAGCAAAAAGAAUAUAUCGAAACUAUAACACUAAGAAGUGACCUACUAAACAGCGAAAUCUUUGUUAUGUUGGAGCAAUUCUCACAAUUAAGAAGGCUGACUAUUGAAAGUAGUAGUAAAUUGAAUGAUGGCUUCACUGUGCCUCUUGAUACAGUCCUCCAAGGACUCACCCAAUUGGAAGAAUUGACAUUGUUGUAUUGCAAUAUCACACUAGACAAACCAGUCGUCAACCCUGAAAAGUCGAAACUCAAGUCAUUGGUUAUGGAGAGAGCAAUGAUGAUGAAUGUAUCGAUUGACAUCAUGUCCUUUAUAGCUCAGACAUGUCCUUUCAUAUCAGAACUAGUGAUUCAGGGAAAAGUAAAAGAAACCGGUCAUGGCCCUUUACAAGUGCAUUUUCCUGAGCAAUACUUUAGAUCCAUCAAGCUAUACAUUUUAGGUAACCAAUUCUAUAAAGUCAGCAAUGGUUCUCAAGUGAUGUGGUACACAUUUUGCGGAAAAACCUUACUAUCCGAACAAAUAGAGCACAAGGACCAAUUCUAUGUUUCCAUUGCGUACAAAGGUGCGUCUUGCUUAAAAAUACAAGGUGUCAAUAUACCAUGCUAAAUCCAGAAAUAAUGUUGUUAAUAAUAAAGAACAAGAUAGAACAAA